GGCGUUCUUCCUGGUGAGGCCGGCGGGCGGCGUGGAGGCCGGACUUCUGGCGAGCCAUGCCGUCCGCAUUCUCCGUCAGCUCCUUCCCCGUCAGCAUCCCCGCUGUGAUCACGCAGACAGACUGGACAGAGCCGUGGCUCUUGGGGCUCCUCCUCUUCCACCUGCUCUGCCUGCUGCUCACCUGCUGCUCCUCCCAGAGUUACAACCUGCAGAUCGGGCAUUUCCUGUGUCUGGUGAUCCUGGUCUACUGUGCCGAGUACAUCAAUGAAGUGGCGGCGAUGAACUGGAGGUUAUUUUCCAAGUACCAGUACUUCGAUUCCAGGGGCAUGUUCAUCUCGGUGGUGUUCUCUGCGCCGUUGCUGCUCAACGCCAUGAUCAUCGUGGUCCUGUGGGUCCGGAAGACUCUGAGUGUGAUGGCCGACCUGAGGUGCUUGCGCGAGAGGAGGAGGAGGAAGGUGGAAUGAGGAAGUGCUCCGCUGAUAGGAGCCAGGAAUGCCAAAUGGCCGACAGCAGCCUGGGCACCAUCCCAUGUCCUGUGAUCCCCCAAGGACCAGGCACCAUGUGGUUAAUGGGGCGCAAGGCCCCUCUUGCCCACCGGGUUCCUAACCACCACCUCCAGCGACUCCUGAUAGGUCCAAUGACCUAUGUCAAUUUAUGGUUAGUUAUCGUCAGCAUCACGGGCUUUUUCCAUUAAGCAAAUUGUUCUUUAAUUAAAAAAUAUGCAGAUGAAUGCAUCUAGAUUUAAAAGACUGGAAGUUGACAGUUUUACUGGAAUAUAAAAUUUCCUUGAAGUCCACAUUUGUCAUAUUUCAUAGUUUGAUGUAAUUUUAAGCUCUUGGUAGAGAAACUGUUUCUUGGUUUUGACAAGGAGUUGCACAAUGGAACCUUCUGGAAGAACCCAGUGGAGCCUGUCUGUGGCUGGAAUUCUCCAUUCCUGUCUUGCUUGGUUGGUUUUUCAUUAAACGCAGAAAGUGCUAUGGAAGCAACAUCCUGUACUUGUUAAACUGAAUGACCUGUCCCACCGUGGCUCUCGCACCUCAGGUCACGCAAAAGUGCAGGUCCGUGGGAGUCCUGCCCGCACACUGGUUUCAGAGAAGUGGAAACGCCAGAGCUCAGCGUGGCACAGAGGCAGCAGCUGGGUGGUGCUGCAUCCUCACCCUCCGUGCACUGUGUUUGUGGGCCACACGCCGGACCUUGUGACUGACCUGUGGUUUCCUGUGGAGAUGUGGGAUGUGUUGGUCGUUGUGCCCAGUCCAGUGUUAGCCUUUCCAGGCGCCACGCUGUGCACUGGGCACGUACGAUUUUCAUUCUGUGAAAUGCUUUGGAGCAGUUACUGUGUUCGCUGUUUUUUAAUUUAAAUGAAGGCAGGGAUGGAUGUUGUGGUAGGUGGAUUCAGCCACACCUUGGCACCUGGCAUCCCAUAUUGGAAUGCUUGAUCAGGUUCUGGUUUGCCUGGGAAGCAGCAGAUGGUGCCCAGAUGCCCAUGGAGCUCUGGGUGGAUCCCGUGGCCUCACUGUGCAGGCCCAGGAAGUGAGCUAGCCACUCUACAUUUCAAAUAAACAGACCUUUCAGUUCA